AUGAGUCUUAAUGAUGCCCAAACAAAGAAGGUGAUCGAGGCACAGCUCUGCAGGGCCGCCCAGGUCAUUGAAGAUGCUGUCGAUGAGGAAAUUGCGAAGUUGGAUCGAAUGGACGAGGAUGAAUUGGAGAAGAUUCGACGGUCACGUUUGGCCGAAAUGAGAGAAAAGGCGAACAAAAGGGAGGAAUGGCUUGCUAAUGGGCAUGGAAUCUACUAUGAACUGCCCUCAGAAAAAGACUUUUUCAAAGUUUGCAAGGAGUCCUCAAAUGUGUGUGUUCACUUUUAUCGUAAUACAACUGCACGUUGCGCCAUCUUUGACAAACAUCUCGCACUCCUUGCUCCUCGUCGUCUUGAGUGUCGCUUUAUCAAAGUUGACGUUGAGAAGUCGCCUUUCCUGGUGUGCCGUCUUGGGGUUAGAAUCCUACCCACGUUGGUGCUUGUUAAAGACGAAAAGAUAGUUGGACGUGUUAUUGGGUUUGAUGACCUUGGAGGUCAUGAUGAUUUUAGCACUGAGAUGUUGGACUGGCGUUUGGGUGUUGCAGGCGUAGUUGACUACACAGGUGACCUCAGCCAACCUCCUGACUUCACAAAGAACAAAAAGAAGGAGGCUACUUGUAGAAGAAUAACCAAACAGAUUCGUGGUGGGGACACAGACGAGUCAGAUGAUGACGAAUAA